CCACAUUGAAAAAGUCGUAUUUCAUCACGCACCUUUGGACCCAACGUCCCUCCACCUUGUUCCAAUAAAAACCCUCUAACAACUCCCCCCCUACCCCCCACAAAAUUCCAGAACAAGAAGGGAGAAGGAGAAGGAGAAGGAGAAGAAGAAGGAGAUGGAUGGUUUGCAGAGGUCUACGACGUCGUUUAGGAGACAAGGGUCGUCAGGGUUGGUAUGGGAUGAUAAGUAUUUAUCGGGAGAUUUGAACCAAAUGAGGGCUAACGGCAACCACCAAGAAAAUAAAGAAAACCGAGGGUCGUCCCAUGGUAUGAUGAGACGAAGCCGAUCCGACGGAGGUAGCGGAAGUAUGUACCGCACGACGAAAGCAGCAUCGCCUAACGUGGACCCUCCUUCUCCGAAGGUAUCCGGGUGUGGUUUCUGUGGUGUUUUUGGCAAACCAGAGGCCGCCAAGAAAAGAAGAUCAAACAAACGUAAGUCAUGAUGAAUAUCAUAAUACAUAUAGCUUAAUUUUUGUAUAUGUUUUUUGAAUGUGAUAUAUCCGGCUUAUGGGAUUCCCUUUUCCAAUUACGUGUGUGCUGUGCUUAGAAAACAUGUAGAAAUUCCAUGUGAAAAUCAUUUCGUUAAAUUGAAGGACACAAACCUCGAACUUAUGUCUUUUGGUUUGUCUUUCAACAGCUUAUGUUUUGUUAUAGAGUGGCUUUCUUUUGUGA